AUGUUAACUGUAAUUAGUGAACCAAGAUUAACGGUAACAAAAUAUUACAACUUUCGGUGUAAUGAAAAUACACGUUCUAUUGAAAAUUUUUUCAAGGUUAUCCCGGCAUCUAAAUGGUCUUUGGAAGCUUAUACAAACUAUAUUCUUGAACAAUCUGAUCUUACAAUCAACUUUGAACAAGUACUCACCAAUUUCAUGGAAAGUCUGGACCAGAUAAAUCAGCUCUUUGUUGUUCCUUUAUCUGUUCGGUCAAUUUGUCAAAAUUAUAUUGAUUGGCUAAAGACGUUGACAGGUAGGUAUGUUAUCGAAGCAUGUCGUAAGUUCUUUGAUGCUAAAGUAUUGCUGAAAAAGAAGGUUGACAUGAAAGCUGUUGUUGAGGAAACAAUCAAUGUUACUUCUCAUACAGAAGCAUUCGAAUCUUAUUUACAACCUUCUUUUCUCUCAAACAUUGAGUCUUCACUAUUUGAAUCCGAAACUCCAUCACCACAAUCACCCUUUGGUUCAAUAUCUGUAAUAAGAACACCUAAUAAACGACCAUUUGAAAAUCCAGAAGUAAAGAAGUACUGUCAAGAUUCUACUGUUAUUUGUGCAUUUGGAAUGAAGCAAAAAGACCUUGAAGCAGAAAUUGGUAAAGAAUUGACCCAGGAGGUGCUUUCAACAUGCAAAUUUAACCCUCUUCUAUGGACAUCAAAAUUGGAAGAAUACAUUGACAGUGCACUCAAGGCUGAGUCAGCACCAAAUAACUGGAGAUGGUGUGAAAUAUUUGAUGCAAGAGAGAAUGCGAGUCAUAUAUAUUUAGCAUCACCUCCUACUAAUGAUACUUAUGCAGAUGAUGAAGAGGAUUAG